AACGUUCGCUCACUCUUCCUCCCAAAGCCGUUCCAGUUCCAGAUACGGCUCUCCAGAAAUAGACUGGGAAUUCGAGGAAGUGGUGCGUUCAGCAGCUUCCACUGAGCGAGGGAAGCUAAGCAAUGUUCAGAUGGCCAGAGUAAGUUUCCUAGGAAAGACUCUCCCAUCAGAAUUAUUUCACUCCAGAUGGGCUAUGGAGCACGAUUCUGAGGUUAGAGAUUUAGCUAAACUAGCCUUCAGAUCCCCCUUGGUUAAGGAGGAUGACCAUCUCCUCAGGAACCACAUUG